AUCAAAGUUAGGAGUAUGUAGUGUAUGUGACCCCAAAGGGUCGAGAUUUAGAGAUUGGCAAAGUGUUACAUAUAUGUAUUUAUAGAGAUGGUAAAAUCAUAUCAUAUUUGUGCUUAUGUAGGAUUAGUCGGGUUGUCAUCUUAAGUCCAUGUUAUCCGGACAUGGACUUAUGGGUGAGAUGCGAGAGCAGGAAAAUAUACUGUACGUCUUCCUGUUCAAGGUGUUCCUAUAGACACCCAACCCGCUGGUGUCAAUUUAUGCUUGUAAUUUAGCGCCUUUGAUUAGUGAAGCAAAAUUAUGUGAUUAGCGGAUAAUUCCAAGUAAUACAAAUUCUAGUAAUUAUUUUAAAUUAGUUUGGCCCCCACCUAACAUUUUGAUCAGUCAAUAUCAUGCGUCACCCAGUCCAUUACCUAAACCCGAAGCAAGUCGUUGAGGACUCUAUCCUCGUUGGACGACGCAGGGUUAUCCUCUCCUCCUCGGUCGACCUCCGAGCCCAUCGACCGUCUCGAUCCAACCUCCCACUCAUGAAAAUCCUCCCACCACCCAGGACGAAGCACAAUGAGUUCAAAGAGGAGCAUGACCACCACCAGACUUCCAGCCACUACCCACGCCAAGGCACACAUUCCUCCCUCAUCCAAAAUAAUCCCCUCGCCUGGGAUGGCGAAGAUGCGAAUCAUGAGCAAUUACCGGACGAGAAGGCUUCCGAGCUUGAUGAUGAAGAUGAUCAGAUUGAAAAAGAGGUUUUCAUUCUGAAGCGUGACUUCUCCUUGCGGGCGCUGAGCGUCACGGACCGGGUGGAUGGGAAGGACCACUCGCAGGUAAUCUUUCCACGCGCCGCUAUCCCUUCUGCAAGUCGACAACAACCUGCUUCUGGAACCUCCCUCGUUCUCCUUUGGGCCAGAAAACCUUCUCUUCUACCGCCCAUGAGUGUUUCUGAGGAGCAGAUCGUGCCUACCACUCAACCACGCCCGUAUUGCUCAAGCGAAGAGUGGAUGUUUUUGUCAACGGGGAACAGGCGGCAACGCACCUGUCCUCAAACGCUCGCCCUGGAUCCUGACACCUCUGCUGACCCUGUCACUGUGGAGCUAAUCCUCCCUCGGGGAGAAAGUCAAUCAGCCUGGAAUAAAUACCCCUGCCAGCAUUUCGAGCCGAGAAGUAGCUGGAAUAAGGGAGUAAACCCACUGGACUUGGCCAUGAAUCUCCUCCCCAGAGGCCAUUCGGAUGGGAAAGUACACCGUCUGUCCUCGCCGUUUGAAAACUUCCAAGUCGACCCUGACUACCCAUACGGACUUCACUUUUCUCCAGGAGUUCACUCCAGGUGUGAAUUACUUUUUGAAUCUCCGGACCCCGAGUACGCAGAGAAUUAUGAGGGGGCCGCCCUGCCAGGACCAUCCCACCGACCGCCCACACCCCCAUUUAAGCGCCACUUCCUCUACCGCUACAACCGGGCGAGCAUCCUCCCAGUACCGACCCACUACGAGGAGGGGAUCAUUCGCAAGGUGAACUGGACCAGGUUGAACCCUGUGGACGAAGCCAAGUUCAUACACCAAGAGCUGGAGGAGAGGGCGAUCGACGUUCUCAAGGCGAAGGAGAUUUACGAAGCCUUCCGUUCCCAGUCCAUCGCACUCGGGAAUCAGUACUAUUUUGAGUGGGAGAGUCGCCAACUCGAGGCUCAGCGGAACGUUUGGGACAAGUACAAGUACAACUUGGAAGCGAUGCACUACUUUUCCCAAGCCUCUCGAUUCGACCGCGGCCUCGAGUUAAACCGACCAAAGCCCAUUCUCAUCCUCAACGAGAGCGUGACCAAGCUGCUCCGCAACCAUGAAGAAACGCCACCCCAAUACUACGAUACUGAUGUUUGGGACGACGUGACAGUCUGGCCAUUCCCACCAACCCAACCCAGACCGUUCUUCUAUCAGGGGAAUCGGGCCUGGUUGUGGCGCCUGCGGAUGGAAAAUGGCCCCUCCUUCGUACCUGGAGGAUACUUCUACCAUUUGUGGGAUGUUCGGGAGACUGGGGAGAUUUACAACGUACAGGAAAUGGAAUUCGCACGUCUUCGAGAUUUCCCACCUCCUGGAAUUGAUAGCCCAGAAGGAACACCGGUGCAGAAGGGUGUCAUGAGUGGAAUUUUCAACCAGAACAUCACACCCCCUCCAGAGUGGGAGAACUUUGAAGAGAAGGAAGAGGCAGAGUGCAUAUUUACAUACAACUAAUCGCAUUAGAUAUUUAGU